AUGCGAAACAUGUUUAGUAUGGAUCUCAUUUCUCCAGUUUUACCUUCGACUGUCCUUACUGUUGAAUGUGACGUUUUUGCCAGUAAUAUUAACAACAGACUAUUGAAUUCUCAAAAAGCAAUUUCUUCCAAUCCAGGGCUAAAUUAUAUAUGGCAAGACGAAAAGCAGCGCUGCGAAAGAAGAGGUGAAAAAUUGUGCUACGAAUCUUCACAAAGUACUUUUUUAAUGUUUUGUACGCAGGCAAAAGAAAGGCCAUACCCGGAAACUGAAAAUGAACAAAAUCAUAUACGACAUCUUCAUACUUAUAUAAAAAGCAUUUCUUCUAACUCUUCUUGCAGUGCUCUGGAACAGGAUGUUUUCAGUGUUCCAUUAGGUCCUAGUACUGUUGAAAAAGCGAACGAUUUUCAAAAUGACAAUUUCGAAACUGACAUCAAUAUUUUCGAUGAAGUAUUAUUUUUUGAUGACGAUGUCGUAGAAGAUGGGGAAGAAAUUAAUGAGCAGGAAUUUGAGGAGGAUGUUGAUUUGAACACGAAAGUGACAGAACUUUGUAAGUCAGUAUCAGCUUCAAAUGAUACAGAUUUGAUAAAAAGUGAUUUCAAUGACAGUGAUAGCAGCAGUGAUGAAGAUAGUUUUAGCUUGAAUACAGAGGCUCCUGGACCUUCUCGCAUCGAAUUUAUUAAAUUGAGAAAGGAUUCGAAAGAAUUUAGUCGACAGUCAUCUGGUAGCGAUGAUUUAUUUGACAGGUCAUCGAAAGAUUUUGAAACCGGAACUGCUUCGAUUCUUAGUUGCGACAGUGAUUUGAGAAAUUUCGAACAGCAUUGUCAUUCGGCUGUCUCAUCAAAAAAUUCAUCACAAGCAUCUAAUUCCACUAGGGACUUUACGACAUGUGGAAUGACUCAGUCUUCUCAGUUAGAUGAAUGUUGGGCUGAAAAUAAGGCAAAACCGGAGAUUAUUCAGACGGAGCAGUGGUUACGUCCUUGUAAACGAUUACCUCUUCGAAAAAGAGUUUCAGUUCCUAGUAAUGAAUAUUUUUGCAGUGCAGAAGAAUAUACAGAAAGCAGUUUGUUGGAACCAAACAAUUGUGAGACUGACGAUCAGUUAUUUACUGAGUCAUCUGUCGAACUCAGCUUUUAUGAC